AUGCCUCUGACCUCAGAUCAUACCAAGAACCGGGCCGCAUUCAAGAAUUCGGAAUGUUGCUGGACCCCAACAGAUCCAAACAGUUGGAGAGGUUAUAAAAUCGUUGCAGCGCCCGACGAGGCCUUGUACAUUAACCAGGGCUCGUCGUCUCUCGUCGGGCGACGGGUCUAUACGACCUAA